CAAUCCUUGAAUUGUUGGACAAUCGAUCGCUUAAUUAGAUUGCUAGAAAGAUAACGAAAAGAAGCAAAUUUAGUGCAAUUUUAGUGUUAAAAAAAAUUAAUCUGAAAAUAAUUGAAGAUUAUUAUCGCCACAUUAUGCCUAAUUGCAUAGCCGAUACAAGAUCAAUGGAAUGUGUCUCAAUAGCUACGUUUUAUGCUGGCCGGAAUAUUUUCAUAACCGGUGGUAGCGGUUUUUUAGGAAAGGUAUUAAUCGAAAAAUUAUUGAGAUCUUGUCCUGAAAUUGGACACAUAUUUAUUUUAAUGCGGCCAAAAAAAGGAUUAUCUAUCGACGAAAGAUUGAAGAAAAUGUUCGAAUUACCGCUAUUUGAUAGACUAAGAAAAGAAAACCACUCUAGUUUCGAAAAAUUAAUUCCGGUUCUUGGUGAUAUAAGCCUCGAGGAUUUAGGUUUAUCAAAAAUCGAAAGACAAACAAUAAUCGAACAAGUUUCAAUAAUUUUCCAUAUAGCUGCAAAUGUUAGAUUCGAGGGAAAUUUAAAAAAAGAUAUAUUUUCGAAUGUUCGUUCAACAAGAGAUGUCUGUAUUCUUGCAAAAAGCAUGAAAAACUUAGUGGCUUUAGUGCACGUUAGUACUGCAUACGCACAUGUUGAUAAACCGGUGAUCGACGAAAUUGUAUAUCCUUCCUUAACCGAUUGGAGAAAUGUUAUAAAAAUGGUAGAAUCAUUGGACGAACAAAUUAUACAAGUAUUUACUUCUAAAUAUUUGGGUUCAAUGCCAAAUACGUACACAUUUUCCAAACGAAUGGCGGAACAAGUGAUAAAUGAUUAUUCGAAAGAUUUACCUAGUGUAAUUUUUCGGCCGUCAAUAGUGACAUCAACAAUCAAUGAUCCUAUGCCUGGCUGGUUGGACAACUUUAAUGGACCUGUGGCAAUGAUGAUUGGUGGUGCAAAAGGAAUAUUGCGAAUAAUUCGUUUAGAAGCGAAUGCAUGCGCAGAUUUUCUUCCUGUUGAUUUGGCUAUUAAGAUUAUGAUCGCAGCGGCAUGGAAACGAGGAUUAAACACAAUUACCAAGGAUCCAACUACUUACGUUUACAAUGCCACCUCUUAUCAAAUCCAUCGCAUUUCUAAUAAAGAAAUGAUUAAAAUGGGAUUGAAAUUAAAUGAAGAAAUGCCAUUUGAAGGAAUCAUUUGGUAUCCCCAGACUUUUAUAACAUCGAACCGUUUUCUUUAUUUUGUAUUGACAUUGUUGAUUCAUGUGAUACCAGCCUUGAUUAUAGAUGAAAUUCUUAAAAUAACGGGUCGUCAACCGAUGCUGAUGAAACUUCAUAAAAUUAUCUAUUCACAUGUAACACAAUUAAGUUACUUCUUACAUAAUGAAUGGAUUUUUUAUAAUUUCAAAAUGUUGGACAUUUUGGAUAUGCAAGUUCCAUUGGCAGAACGAGAAAUCUUUAGCUAUGAUUAUCGCAAUUUUAAUUUAAAUAAAUAUUUUAAAAAUUGUUUGAUUGGAGCGAAAUGUUAUCUUUUGAAGGAGGAUCUGAAUCGAUUAAAAGAAGUAAAACAACAUUUUAAUAGGAUGCAAUGGAUCAAUAGAAUUUUCAACAUUUGGUUAAUUAUCAUGUUAAUGUGGAUACUUGGAAAAAUCGGAAUAUUUCCAUACUUUUCAAAUUGAAUCGCUUUCUAACCAGCUUAUAAUGAUUUGUUUACAAUCUGAAAUUAUUAUUUAAUAACGUGUGAUUGGUAAGAAAAUACUAGUAAAAAAAAAAAAAGAAAGAAUAAUUCAAUAAUCAAUUGUGAAAAAAAGAAUUUAUUCAUGUAUUUUAUUAUUUUCGAAACAUAAUUAUAUUAUAUUUUAAUAUCUUCAAAACAUAAUUAUAU